AAUGAGCCGGAGCGGCGGAGCCCGGCUGCCCGCGGCCGCGCUCACCGGCCCGGGACGCUUCCGCAUGGCCCGCGAGGAGCCGGCGCCGGCGGCGGUGGCGGCGGCCGGGCAGCCCGGGGGCGACAGGGGCGGCGAACGCGAGCGGGCGCUGCAGGGGCCGGGGGUCGCCCGCAGGGGGCGGCCGUCGCUGAGCCGCGCUAAACUGCACGGGCUGCGGCACAUGUGCGCCGGGCGCACGGCGGCUGGGGGCUCCUUCCAGCGGCGGGCGCUGUGGGUGCUGGCCUUCUGCACGUCCCUCGGCUUGCUGCUGUCCUGGUCCUCGAACCGCCUGCUCUACUGGCUCAGCUUCCCGUCGCACACGAGGGUGCACCGCGAGUGGAGCCGCCAGCUGCCCUUCCCUGCCGUCACCGUGUGCAACAACAACCCCCUGCGCUUCCCGCGCCUCUCCAAGGGGGACCUCUACUACGCCGGCCACUGGCUCGGGCUGCUGCUGCCCAACCGCACCGCACGCCCGCUGGUCAGCGAGCUGCUGCGGGGCGAUGAGCCGCGCCGCCAGUGGUUCCGCAAGCUGGCCGACUUCCGCCUCUUCCUGCCGCCGCGCCACUUCGAGGGCAUCAGCGCCGCCUUCAUGGACCGCCUGGGCCACCAGCUCGAGGACAUGCUGCUCUCCUGCAAGUACCGGGGCGAGCUCUGCGGGCCGCACAACUUCUCCUCUGUGUUUACAAAAUAUGGGAAGUGUUACAUGUUUAACUCAGGCGAGGAUGGCAAACCUCUGCUCACCACGGUCAAGGGCGGGACAGGCAACGGGCUGGAGAUCAUGCUGGACAUUCAGCAAGAUGAGUACCUGCCCAUCUGGGGAGAGACAGAGGAAACGACGUUUGAAGCAGGAGUGAAAGUUCAGAUCCACAGUCAGUCUGAGCCGCCUUUCAUCCAAGAGCUGGGCUUUGGGGUGGCUCCAGGGUUCCAGACUUUCGUGGCCACCCAGGAGCAGAGGCUCACAUACCUGCCCCCACCGUGGGGUGAGUGCCGAUCCUCAGAGAUGGGACUCGACUUCUUUCCUGUUUACAGCAUCACCGCCUGUCGGAUCGACUGUGAGACGCGCUACAUCGUGGAGAAUUGCAACUGUCGUAUGGUGCACAUGCCAGGGGAUGCCCCUUUCUGUACUCCUGAGCAGCACAAGGAGUGCGCAGAGCCUGCCCUAGGUCUGCUGGCGGAGAAGGACAGUAAUUACUGUCUCUGCAGGACACCCUGCAACCUGACCCGCUACAACAAAGAGCUGUCCAUGGUGAAGAUCCCCAGCAAGACGUCAGCCAAGUACCUCGAGAAGAAAUUCAACAAAUCAGAAAAAUAUAUCUCAGAGAACAUCCUCGUUCUGGAUAUAUUUUUUGAAGCGCUCAAUUAUGAGACGAUUGAACAGAAGAAGGCAUAUGAAGUUGCUGCCUUACUCGGUGAUAUUGGUGGUCAGAUGGGACUGUUUAUUGGUGCUAGUAUCCUCACAAUACUAGAGCUCUUUGAUUAUAUUUACGAGCUGAUCAAAGAGAAGCUCUUAGACUUGCUUGGUAAAGAAGAGGACGAAGGGAGCCACGACGAGAAUGUGAGCACUUGUGACACGAUGCCAAACCACUCUGAAACCAUCAGCCACACUGUGAAUGUGCCCCUGCAGACGGCCCUGGGGACCUUGGAGGAGAUUGCCUGCUGACAGCCCAUGGACCACCCGGCACCCUCCCAAACAGACCUUGAGGCCCAAGACCCAGGACAGGGGACAGCAGGCUCAGGUGGGAUGGCCCCUGAUGACAGAAGGAAGCAAGAGCCCCCUAUGCACAUAUAGCAAACUAUCUGCCAAAACCUCGCUGCGGCCACGUCUGACACGACGCGUCCUCGGGCCCCGCCGUGCGUCCCUCUUAGGAGAAAAGAGUCACACUCUGGAACUGUCCGAGAACCAACCUGCCAUCACAUCUCACUGCCAGAUGUAUAAAGCACCUGCAUGCUGAGACUGCCCGCGGCGCCACCCCCUCGUCCGUCUCUGUUCAUGACUCUCCUCCGUGCGCUUUCCGCCGGCCACUCUGCAGUCCUGCAGUGGGACCGGGCUCCAGCCCCAGAGCCACCCCGUGGCCACGCUGGAAUCGCGACGGCACGGUCAAGAGGAAAAGCUCAGAACUCUCAGCCACAUCCGGUCCCUGUGUAGUUUGUGAAGGUUCUUAACCUGCCCACAAACCCCUUUUCCUGAGCCGGCCGGUGGGCUGACCGGGGCCACCCCCACCCCCGUCCCAGCGCCUGGUGGAGGCAGGGCGGCCUGGGCGACUCCAGCGCUCAUCCAGGGGACCUGCGUCAUCCUGCUGUCCUCGUGACCCGGCUUGUACAGUCCAAUUCUGUUUCUCUGGGGGUGGGGGGCUUGUUUUGUCUGUCUGUCAGAGAUCCGUUUUGUUUUAUUUCAUUCUCCAGAUUUGGGUUUUGAUGUUCUGAUUUGGUUUCUCCAUUUUCUCUGGCGUUUAUUUAUUCGUGCUUCCGGUCACGGUCAUAUUAAAAGCUGGUCUUGUGGAAACAGCCGAGUCGAUGCUGCUUUCCCCCCAUUACUAAGGUCUCGCUCCCCAAAGCCUUUGGGAAGGGCCAGGCCUGCCGGGUUAAAACCCACAGAUUAUAGCCAUGGAAAGUCUCCUGCAACCACGCUUACCUUUACAAAGUGUAUGGAGGGUAUGCACUUACAUUCUAUUCUAAGUCUCUAAACACUAUUGAUCGCAACCUUUAAACGAUCUCAUGACCACUGAUGGGUCACAGCCUGCGGUCUGAACGACACUGCCCUGGACCAUAGGCAUGUGGCUCGAAGAGAACACUGCCCAGACCUAAGAACCAUGAAGGAGGCCUUCCCGUCCCUCUGCACUUCGGUCCUGACUCCUCUCCCCUGUCUGUGAAGUCGGGCUGGCCUCCCUCCCACACGCCAGCCUUUCCGGAGGCUCUCUGCACCCCACCUCCUCAUCCCCAUCAAACAGACCUGCUUGUCCCUGCAGAGGCCACACUGGCUUUCCACCUCACUCCCGCUACUGCUGAGAGGAUGUCCAGGCAGGAUCAGAGGGUGGAAGUGCCUAGUGGGGAGGUGCCUGCUGCAGCAAGAGAGAGCUUCCUGUCCAGGCAGAAUCUGUGUCUUCAUGGCAUCAUGUUAAUUCCAAGGGGACGGUGCCUGUAGCCUAACUUUCCCUUUCCCCACUCCCCCAUCACUACCAACUCAAGGUCUCCCCUAAAGCCUCGUAUGGUUGGCGCCUUCCUCCUCAUGCACAGAUGCGCAGAAAACACUGCCUGGCCCUUGCUCUACCUUCCAGUCUCUCACCAUCAUCCUCCCUCUCCCCGCCUCUCCCCUGCCCAAUCCACGAGCACAAGGAAGAGGUAUUUCCCCAGUGACCAAAUGAGAAGAAGCAGGUAGCAGGAGCUAGGAGUGCCCGCCCCAUCUCCUUCUCUUGGCAGCUGUGCUCUCUGGACUCAGUUCCCUUAAUUUGAGGAUGAAAAUAAUGUUGUACCCGUGUCUUCGCAGAGGAUCCCUGGAGGCCCCUUCAGACUUGAGGCACGUGAGGCUCUGCUCCCCCUGCGCGGGGGGACAAAUCAGACCAGCCACGCUCACACACGCGGUGGCCAGGAGGCAGAUGGGACACAGCAUCCCUGAGAUGUCUCCUCCCAAGCACCCUUUCAGCACGGGGAUGCGCAAGGCUGUUGCCAAAGCUGGGCUUUAAUCCUUAGGGACUGAGUGCAAGGUUGCUGGAAGGCGCCCUGUUUUAGUUUUCUGUCGCCACUGUAACAGGUUACCACAAACACGGUGGCUUAAAGCACAGAUUUAUUGUCUCCGGGUUCUGGAGGUCAGAAGGUGGACACAGUUCUCCCUGAGCUAAAAUCUAAGUGUCAGCAAGGCUGUCUUCCUUCCGGAGGCUCAGGAGGAGAAACCGUUUCACCUUUUCCAGCUCCCAGAGGCCACCCACGUUUUGUGGCUGGUGGCCUCUGCCUCCAUCAGCCAACCUGGCAAUGAUGGGUGGAGUCCUUACAGCACACAACCGUGACCUCCUGGGUCACAUCUCCCUCUAUCCCAGACCCUCUCCUGCCUCCCUCUUCCACUUUAGAGGGACUCUUGUGAUUAGAUCAGGCCCUCCUGAUAACCUGUGAUAAUGUCCCCAUCUCAAGGUCAUUAACUUAAUCACACACUUCAAAGUCUCUUUUGCCAUGUAGAGUAAUAUAUUCACAAGUUGCAGGGAUUAAGAUGUGGCCGUCUUUGGGGGCCAUUAUUCUACCUACCAAAGGCCCUUUGGACCAUAUAGAC